UUGCAUCUUUCUCCCAUACUAAGAUUGUGUGUGGCAGGGGGUGUCCCUUGACUAACUCAAGUCGUUUUGAUUGCAACUGAUCAUGUGAUUUUCCAUGUGAAGUUUUGGGGUUUCGAACUUUGCUUCUGGAGAAUGCAUUUGCCCCACUUUUCAGGAGCUGCCUGGUGUCAAGUGCUUAGUCAUCAGUGGCCCUUUAAAAUAUCCAAAAUGUAUAGAGAGUGGACAGUGGUGAAUGUUCUCAUGAUGUCCUACGUGUACCUGGUGCAGGGCUUCAAUAGUGACCAUGGACCAGUGAAGGAUUUUUCUUUCGAGCAAUCAUCCCGGUCAAUGUUGGAACGAUCUGAACAACAGAUCAGAGCUGCUUCUAGUUUGGAGGAGCUGCUGCAAGUCGCACACUCCGAGGACUGGAAGCUGUGGAGAUGCCGGCUGAAGCUCAAGAAUCUUGCCAGUAUGGACUCACGCUCAACAUCCCAUCGCUCCACUAGAUUUGCGGCAACAUUCUAUGAUACGGAAACGCUAAAAGUUAUAGAUGAGGAAUGGCAGAGAACCCAGUGUAGCCCUCGAGAGACCUGCGUGGAAGUCGCCAGCGAGCUGGGAAAGACAACCAACACGUUCUUCAAGCCCCCCUGCGUGAACGUGUUCAGGUGUGGAGGCUGCUGCAAUGAGGAGAGUGUGAUGUGUAUGAACACCAGCACCUCCUACAUCUCCAAACAGCUCUUUGAGAUAUCAGUGCCUCUGACAUCAGUGCCUGAGUUAGUGCCUGUUAAAAUUGUCAACCAUACAGGCUGUAAGUGCUUGCCCACGGGCCCCCGCCAUUCCUACUCAAUUAUCAGAAGAUCCAUUCAGAUCCCAGAAGAAGAUCAAUGUCCUCAAUCCAAGAAACUCUGUCCUAUUGACAUGCUGUGGGAUAACACCAAAUGUAAAUGUGUUUUACAGGAUGAGAAUCCACUCCCUGGAACAGAAGACCACUCAUAUCUCCAGGAACCAGCUCUCUGUGGACCACACAUGAAGUUUGACGAAGAUCGUUGUGAGUGUGUCUGCAAAACAUCAUGUCCUGGAGAUCUCAUCCAGCACCCAGAAAACUGCAGUUGCUUUGAAUGUAAAGAAAGUCUAGAGAGCUGCUGCCAAAAACACAAGAUUUUUCACCCAGACACAUGCAGGUCAAUGGUCUUUUCGCUUACCCCUUAAGAGCAUUGACUGGUGCCAUUUAAAGGGCAUAGCAAUCUGAUUCGGUGUGGCUCCUUUGUCUCAUUGCCCAAGCAACCCCUUAAAAAACAGACAAACAGAGGUCUGGCAUCUCAGACAUAAGUGGAAGCAUAUAGAGUGAUGAUGAAUUCUGUUGUUGUUUCAAAACAGGGUCUCAUGAA